CCGGGCGGGUUGAGGAUGACUUUCACUGCACAAAGUACGCGUACAUUUUGUUGGAUUCCAUUCUCAAUUUAAUUUGAGUGACAAGUCGGCCCCCAGAAAUUUAUAACUUUAAACUUUACUGUUUUUAAUUUGUAAUUAUAGUUAAGAACUAGAUUUAAAUAAUUUGAACAGCGUCAAAUGGCAGGUCGAUCGAAAACGCAGCAGCGAAAUCGCCCCACGGUCGCAACGUCUGAAGACUUUGACGAAGAUGAUCCCGUUCUAAAUGUUGUACGGUUUGGGGUGGACAAUGUAAAAAAGUUUAUUAAUGACACCAUCCCUAAAUGUCCUCAAGAAAAGGGGAAGAAAGUAAUGGCAACCAAAAUGGAAAAACUCCUCGUCCGACUUAUCAAGGCGGAAAUGGUGUACACCAAGGCAAAUAGUAUUGUCAGCGAAGUUGUGGAGGAAAUGCCGGAUAACGUCACUGCAGAGGUGGACGACACACUCAAAACUUGUGACGAGAUCUCCGAGACGUCCAAUCAACACAUUACAGAAUUUGAGGAAGGACUUUCUCUCAACAAAAUUAAACAACAUCCCAUGUACGAGAGAGUCAUGCAAGAUAUUGAAGAAGCUUUAGAUGUGACGCCUACACAAAGCACUUCUUCAUCAUUGCAGCAGACUCAAUCAUCUCAGGAAACUACGGAGGACGAGGAUGCUGGCGAUACUACAGUGGACUUGGGAGGAGAUGAAGAUGUCGAGGGAACUCAGGAUAUGAUUCCAACAUGUGACCCAAUUACAAAGGGACCACUUCUAGAUCCGAUAAGGAAUAAAAAAUGUGGUCACAUUUAUGGCAAGGCUUCAAUUACCCAGAUGAUCAAGGCUAGUAAUAAAUUAAGAUGCCCAAUUGCUGGGUGCUCUAACAAAGAUUUUGUUAGAGUAGCUCAUCUCGUUGCGGAUGAAAAAUUGACUGCAGCAAUAAAAAAUCGGCAAGAUGCUACCACAAAACAGACAAGACGUCGCUAGACCCUAACUAGCUUUAUUUUAAGUAAUUUAAUUGGUUAUAAUGUUUCUCAAACUGUUAACCUUAAAAACUAUUUUGUACCUUUCACAAUUUCCCUGACGUCAUAUCAUGACCAUGACCAGACACAUGUUGAAACUUACAUUACUUUUCAAUUGAUUUUGUAUGUAAUAAUUUCUUGUGAGUUUCUCAUGUUUAAAGUACUUUGUAAUAAAUAUGCAUGUAUAAAAAUUAUUUCGAUAAAUUGUCAUUACGUUACGACACGA